CAGCAGCCUGCGAGGUUGCCUGGGAAGAAGCGGACUGUUUCUUUCCAGCUCUGUCUUUUUCUUCCACCACCACCACCACCACCACCACCACCAGUAGCAGCAACAGGAGCGGCAGCAGGAGCAGGAGCAGUAGCAGGAGCAGGAGCAGCCUGCCAGGUGCACAUCUCCUCCUUAUCCUCCUCCUCCUCCUCCUCCUCCUCCGGGAAUCUUUGCAUUCAAAGCGGACUGAUUAGCUGCAUUGUGGAAGGCGGAGAAGGAGGGAAGGAUGCCAGAAAGCGAGCCGAGCCAAAGCCGAUGGUGUGACAGCUCGUCAUGAUGCAGCUGUUUCGAGAGCCGGGCUGCUUUUUCCACUAAAAAAGGAAGAAAGAAAAAACAUCUCUCCAAAUUCCAUGAUUCAAAUCUCCGGGACGUGUCUGGAUUAUUAUUGAAGAUCGUUGCGAGACGACAGCGCCUCUUUCUUUUUGGGUUUGGCGAGGUCACUUGCUGAAGUACGAGCCGCGCCGAGCCGCGCCGCGCCGCGCCGCGCCGGCUUCUUUUGUCACUGAUGCCAGCCCAGCUCAGCUCAGCCUCGGCACUUUUACUCCUCCAGCGUGGUUCGGAUCAAGGGCGUGAACUUGCACACUCGGAACCUUCAGUCAGCCGUCCUUAAAGAAGCCUUGCGAUCUCUAAACAAGGCUUGAGCUGUCAUUUCUUUUCCAAUCCAAGCACGCAUCAGUCCAAUCCAGUCCAGUCCAGUCCAGCCCAGCAUGGCUCUCAAAACGGACUCUGAGGAGCUGGACUACGCGAGCCCGCCCCCCAUCCAAGUGUUCGCCAGUCGCUCCACGCUGCACGGCAUCUCGCACAUGUUCACGUACGAGCGCAUGUGCGUCAAGCGCAGCCUGUGGAUCCUCUUCUUCCUGGGCUCCGUGGGCGUGCUGGCGCUGGUGUGCGUGGACCGCGUGCACUUGUACUUCCAGUACCCGCACAUCACCAAGCUGGACGAGGUGGCCGCGCCGCUCAUGGAGUUCCCGGCGGUCACCUUCUGCAACCUGAACGCUUUCCGCUUCAGUCGGGUGACGCGCAACGAUCUCUACCACGCCGGCGAGCUGCUGGCCUUGCUCAACGGCAGGUACGAGAUCCGGGACCCGCACCUGGUGGAGGAACACGUCCUGCAGGUCCUCAAGGAGAGGGCCGACUUUGACAACUACAAGCCCCGGCCCUUCAACAUGCGCGAGUUCUACGACCGGACGGGCCACGACAUCAAGGACAUGCUGCUGUCCUGCUACUACCGUGGCAUGGAGUGCAGCGCCGAAUACUUCAAAGUGAUCUUCACACGCUACGGAAAGUGCUACACCUUCAACUCAGGCCAGGAUGGUCGGCCUUUGCUGUUGACCAUGAAGGGCGGCAUGGGCAACGGUCUGGAGCUGAUGCUCGACAUCCAACAGGACGAAUACUUGCCCGUGUGGGGAGAGACGGACGAGACGUCGUUUGAAGCAGGCAUCAAGGUUCAGAUCCACGCGCAGGACGAACCGCCGUUCAUCGACCAGCUGGGAUUUGGGGUGGCGCCAGGCUUCCAGACCUUUGUUUCCUGUCAGGAACAAAGGCUGACCUAUCUGCCGCCUCCGUGGGGCGACUGCAAAGCCACCCCAAUGGACUCGGACUUCUUCAGCACGUACAGCAUCACAGCCUGUCGCAUUGACUGCGAGACGCGCUACCUGGUGGAGAACUGCAACUGCAGGAUGGUCCACAUGCCCGGAGAUGCCCCUUACUGCACCCCUGAGCAGUAUAAGGAAUGUGCAGAUCCAGCCUUGGACUUCCUGGUCGAAAGGGACAACGACUACUGCGUGUGCGAGACACCGUGCAACUUGACGCGCUACGGUAAAGAGAUGUCUUUCGUCAAGAUCCCUAGCAAAGCGUCGGCCAAGUAUCUGGCCAAGAAGUUCAACAAGACGGAGCAGUACAUUGCAGAUAACCUUCUGGUUCUGGAUAUCUUCUUUGAAGCCCUUAACUAUGAAACCAUCGAACAAAAGAAGGCCUACGAGCUGGCCGGCCUCCUGGGUGACAUUGGUGGUCAGAUGGGCCUCUUUAUCGGAGCCAGCAUUCUUACCAUCCUGGAACUCUUUGACUACCUCUACGAGGUGAUCAAGUAUAAGCUGUGCCGAUGCGUGAAGAAGAAACAUAAAGGGCGCAGCAACAACAACGACCGGGGCACUGUGCUGACUUUGGACGAUGUCAAGCACCAUGUCAGUAAACCUCAGGCUCCAUGCGACAACCUGUGCACACCAUCAACGUACCCGGGCAACAUGCUACCUCAUCAUCCGGCCCAGGGAAACUUUGAGGACUUCACCUGCUGAGCUGAACGUGACCCGAGCUUGUGUGAGUGCGUGCGUGCGUGCGUGUAUUGCAACCAAAGUCCAAACCAUACAAGGAAGACUAUCAGGGCAGAAUCUGAUGCCAAGGCCAAACAAAAUGCAGUUUUGUAUGCGAAAUUCAGAAGGAAAACUGUUGCCCCAAGCUUAACGGACAAGAGAGUGCACCCCGGAACAUCCACUUCACCCAGGACUCAAAUUGAUUUGACUUUAUGGAUCACUGCCACAAACAUGAACCGUUUUCUUACAAGAAAGGUCAACUAGAGUCCCCCAAAAAUCAAGAGAACCCACCCACCUUCAUAUGCCAGAGAGUCUGACGUCUUUGCUCAGCACAUGUCGCGACAUCAUGACAUGUGUUGACAGAGCCAGCGAGCGAGCCAGCGAGCCUUGGCGGAAACUUCAGGUCUCACUGUGUACUGUAAAUGCAUGCUCAUAUUUUUCCAUUUGCAUGUCUUAAUGUUUUUUGUUUUUUUUUAAAUAUGCGGUAUAUACAUAUAUGUACGCAUCAGUAUGAAUACUAUUCGAUAACUAUCUCAUUGUUUGCCUCAUUCAGCAGGGGGAAGAUCCCAUGUACUAUAUUUGUGUGCGUGUGUAAAUGACGCAGAAGAUGGCAUUCGUCACAGCACUGACAACAUUCAAAUGUGAUGCCUUGAGAUACAAGUUGCGUGUGUUUCGUGAGGGCAAUCAUAACUUCUUGACCCAGAAUUUGUGCAAAGUAAAUGGAAUGUAGAGAUUUGAACAGUUGGUGCGCGAUGAUUAAUGAACUGCGGUUCCUUCCAAACGACAAAGACUUUCACAAUCACAGAGUGACUUAGUGAGAUGCAGUAAUAUUAGUCUUUUCCUACGGAUGAUAAACAAUAUAUGCCUCCGGCCGGCUAUUGUUUGUCCAAAAGUGUUGCUUCACUCUUUGUGUUCAAUAAGAUAUUAUUAUAUUAUUAUCAUUAAGCCUGUUAACAACAUCAAAGCAAACAAUCAGAGGACAAGUCGUAUCUCCAAAGACCUGCAAGGUGGCUUCACUCGUAUCUCAAGGCACCACUGUAUGAGGAAAACGUUCAACUGCCAGGGUUCCUUAUUGUAUCUCACACCAACAACGGUAUCGCUUUUGAAUGUUACAUCAUAAAAAAAAAACGGCCAAGGUACACGAUGUUACAUGAGAGCCUUUUUCGUUGCUCAUGUUCAACCCGGCUCCUUUUUUUAAACUUGCAGGGUUCCAUUCGCUGAGUGACGGUAAGAACCCUGUCGCUUUUGAAUGUGAUCUAAGUCAAGAGGGCCACGCUGGCUUUGCAUUCUACUUGCAGCCUCUCUCUUUUACGGGUAACCCUGUUGGUCUACUUGCAGGGUUCCUUUUUGUACGUCUGUUGCUUUUGAAUGUUGUACAAUCCAAGCGGUCACAUUUUCCCUUUCCUCUCUAAGUCGACCAAUUCUCAACCCAAUGGCCCUUUUAAACUUCCAGGGCUCCUAAUGCUGUGUCACGGGAAGAUCCAAAUUGCCUUUGAAUGUCAUCCCACCGAAGUAGGCAUGAUGUUGAAAUCAUUUCUUUCUCUCGUCUCACAUGACUUUCUUGGAUCUUUCAUUUUGAAUGUUCCCAGAUGUCAUAUCUUAAGGUUGAUCGCUUAAAAGUCGAGUUUCCAAUAUCUUUUUAAAUAUCACAACGACCUGUCGUUUGAACCAGGGUGUGUCGACAUUUUUCAUCCGCUCUAUUGGUUUUGUUUUUCUGUUCAUUUGUACUCAUCCAUCCAUCCAUCCAUCCAUCCAUCCAUCCACCCAUCCCUGCCUGGAGGGACAAUGUUGGGGAGAGGACUCCUUUUGUGUUGUGGGGCUGUUGAACCGUUUCCGUAUCUGUGUUCUUGUUGCAGACGUCUUCUCAAAGCACAAUACCACCACUAUGUAUGUAGAGCUAAUGUAAAAGAAAAUGUACUCUUCUUCUUCUUCUGGAUAUAUGUCAUAUGAUUAGUAUCGUGCCGAUCUGACUGUUUUCUUUUGCAUUUCAUACGAAACGCGCUUACAUAUCCGCCCGAUAAUCCUGUCUCCAUCUACCAGGCAAUGGGCUGUUUUAUUGACUUCGCCCUGCAUAAAUAAAAUGUAAAUAUCAUUUUGGAAAA